GACUGCAUCUCCGCAGCGAGCUUGAGGAGCGCCGCCGGCCGGGAGGCGAAGGAUGCUGGCGGCUCCGCGCACCGGCUGCGGGGCAGCGCUCCUGCUGUGGAUUGUCAGCAGCUGCCUCUGCAGUGCCUGGACGGCUCCCUCCACGUCCCAAAAAUGUGAUGAGCCCCUUGUCUCCGGACUCCCCCAUGUGUCUUUCAGCAGCUCCUCCUCCAUGUCUGGUAGCUAUUCUCCCGGCUAUGCCAAGAUAAACAAGCGAGGAGGUGCUGGGGGAUGGUCUCCAUCAGACAGUGACCAUUAUCAAUGGCUUCAGGUUGACUUUGGCAAUCGGAAGCAGAUCAGUGCCAUUGCAACCCAAGGAAGAUACAGCAGCUCAGAUUGGGUGACCCAAUACCGGAUGCUCUACAGCGACACAGGGAGAAACUGGAAACCCUAUCAUCAAGAUGGGAAUAUCUGGGCAUUUCCUGGAAACAUGAACUCUGAUGGUGUGGUCCGCCAUGAAUUACAGCAUCCAAUUAUCGCCCGCUAUGUGCGCAUAGUGCCUCUGGAUUGGAACGGAGAAGGCCGCAUUGGGCUCAGAAUUGAACUUUAUGGCUGUUCUUACUGGGCUGAUGUUAUCAACUUUGAUGGCUAUGUUGUGUUACCAUAUAGAUUCAGAAACAAGAAGAUGAAAACGCUGAAAGAUGUCAUUGCCUUGAAAUUUAAGACUUCUGAAAGUGAAGGAGUAAUCUUGCAUGGAGAAGGACAGCAAGGAGAUUACAUUACCUUGGAACUGAAAAAAGCCAAGCUGGUCCUCAGUUUAAACUUAGGAAGCAACCAGCUUGGCCCCAUAUAUGGCCACACAUCAGUGAUGACCGGAAGUUUGCUGGAUGACCACCACUGGCACUCUGUGGUCAUUGAGCGCCAGGGGCGGAGCAUUAACCUCACUCUGGACAGGAGCAUGCAGCACUUCCGCACCAACGGAGAGUUUGACUACCUGGACUUGGACUACGAGAUAACCUUUGGAGGCAUCCCUUUCUCUGGCAAGCCCAGUUCCACCAGUAGAAAGAAUUUCAAAGGCUGCAUGGAGAGUAUCAACUACAAUGGCAUCAACAUUACUGAUCUUGCCAGAAGGAAGAAAUUAGAGCCCUCAAAUGUGGGAAAUUUGAGCUUCUCUUGUGUGGAACCCUAUACGGUGCCUGUCUUUUUCAAUGCUACAAGUUACCUGGAGGUGCCCGGACGGCUUAACCAGGACCUGUUCUCAGUCAGUUUCCAGUUUAGGACGUGGAACCCCAAUGGUCUCCUGGUCUUCAGUCACUUUGCAGAUAAUUUGGGCAAUGUGGAGAUUGACCUCACUGAGAGCAAAGUGGGUGUUCACAUCAACAUUACGCAGACCAAGAUGAGCCAAAUAGACAUUUCCUCAGGUUCUGGGUUGAAUGAUGGGCAGUGGCACGAGGUUCGCUUCCUAGCCAAGGAAAAUUUUGCUAUUCUCACCAUCGAUGGAGAUGAAGCAUCAGCAGUUCGAACCAAUAGUCCCCUUCAAGUUAAAACUGGCGAGAAGUACUUUUUUGGAGGUUUUCUGAACCCGAUGAAUAACUCAAGUCACUCCGUUCUUCAGCCUUCAUUCCAAGGAUGCAUGCAGCUCAUUCAGGUGGAUGAUCAACUUGUAAAUUUAUACGAAGUGGCACAAAGGAAGCCGGGAAGUUUUGCGAAUGUCAGCAUUGACAUGUGUGCAAUCAUAGACAGAUGUGUGCCCAAUCACUGUGAGCAUGGUGGAAAGUGUUCGCAAACAUGGGACAGCUUCAAAUGCACUUGUGAUGAGACAGGAUACAGUGGGGCCACCUGCCACAACUCUAUCUACGAGCCUUCCUGUGAAGCAUACAAACACCUAGGCCAGACGUCCAAUUACUACUGGAUAGAUCCUGAUGGCAGUGGACCUCUGGGGCCUCUGAAAGUUUACUGCAACAUGACAGAAGACAAAGUGUGGACCAUAGUGUCUCAUGACUUGCAGAUGCAGACAACUGUGGUCAGCUACAACCCAGAAAAAUACUCAGUGACACAGCUCGUUUACAGUGCCUCCAUGGACCAGAUAAGUGCCAUCACUGACAGCGCCGAGUACUGCGAGCAGUAUGUCUCCUAUUUCUGCAAGAUGUCAAGGUUGUUGAACACCCCAGAUGGAAGCCCUUACACUUGGUGGGUUGGCAAAGCCAAUGAGAAGCACUACUACUGGGGAGGUUCGGGGCCUGGAAUCCAGAAAUGUGCCUGUGGCAUUGAACGCAACUGCACAGAUCCCAAGUACUACUGUAACUGCGAUGCAGACUACAGGCAAUGGAGGAAGGAUUCUGGUUUCUUAACAUACAAAGAUCACCUGCCAGUGAGCCAAGUGGUGGUUGGAGAUACUGACCGGCAAGGCUCAGAAGCCAAAUUGAGUGUGGGUCCACUGCGCUGCCAAGGAGACAGGAAUUACUGGAAUGCCGCCUCUUUCCCAAACCCAUCCUCCUACCUGCACUUCUCCACUUUCCAAGGGGAAACAAGCGCUGACAUUUCUUUCUACUUCAAAACAUUAACCCCCUGGGGAGUGUUUCUUGAAAAUAUGGGAAAGGAAGAUUUCAUCAAGCUGGAGCUGAAGUCUGCCACAGAAGUGUCCUUUUCGUUUGAUGUGGGAAAUGGGCCAGUCGAGAUUGUAGUGAGGUCACCGACACCUCUCAACGAUGACCAGUGGCACCGGGUCACUGCAGAGCGGAACGUCAAGCAAGCCAGCCUGCAGGUGGACCGGCUGCCCCAGCAGAUCCGCAAGGCCCCGACAGAAGGCCACACCCGCCUGGAACUCUACAGCCAGUUAUUUGUUGGUGGUGCUGGGGGCCAGCAGGGCUUCCUGGGCUGCAUCCGCUCCUUGAGGAUGAAUGGGGUGACACUUGACCUGGAGGAAAGAGCAAAGGUCACAUCCGGGUUCAUAUCCGGGUGCUCGGGCCACUGCACCAGCUAUGGAACGAACUGUGAAAAUGGAGGCAAAUGCCUAGAGAGGUACCACGGUUACACCUGCGAUUGCUCCAAUACUGCAUAUGACGGGACAUUUUGCAACAAAGAUGUUGGCGCAUUUUUUGAGGAAGGGAUGUGGCUACGAUAUAACUUCCAGGCACCAGCAAUCAACACCAGAGACUCUGGCAGCAGAGCAGAGAACUCUCCCGACCAGCAGAACUCCCACCCAGACCUGGCCCAGGAGGAGAUCCGCUUCAGCUUCAGCACCACCAAGGUGCCCUGCAUUCUCCUCUACAUCAGCUCCUUCACCACAGACUUCUUGGCAGUCCUCGUCAAACCCACCGGAAGCUUACAGAUUCGGUACAACCUGGGUGGCACCCGAGAACCAUACAAUAUUGACGUAGACCACAGGAACAUGGCCAAUGGCCAGCCUCACAGUGUUAACAUCACCCGCCAUGAGAGGACCAUCAUUCUCAAGCUCGAUCAUUAUCCUUCUGUGAGUUACCAUCUGCCAAGUUCAUCCGACACACUCUUCAACUCUCCCAAGUCGCUCUUUCUGGGAAAAGUUAUAGAAACAGGGAAAAUUGACCAAGAGAUUCACAAAUACAACACCCCAGGAUUCACUGGUUGCCUCUCCAGAGUCCAGUUCAACCAGAUCGCCCCUCUCAAGGCUGCCUUGAGGCAGACGAACGCCUCAGCUCACGUCCACAUCCAGGGCGAGCUGGUAGAGUCCAACUGCGGGGCCUCACCGCUGACCCUCUCCCCAAUGUCGUCCGCCACCGACCCCUGGCACCUGGAUCACCUGGAUUCAGCCAGUGCAGAUUUUCCAUAUAAUCCAGGACAAGGCCAAGCUAUAAGAAAUGGAGUCAACAGAAACUCGGCUAUCAUUGGAGGGGUCAUUGCUGUGGUGAUUUUCACCAUCCUCUGCACGCUGGUCUUCCUGAUCCGGUACAUGUUCCGCCACAAGGGCACCUACCACACCAACGAAGCCAAGGGGGCAGAGUCGGCAGAGAGCGCGGACGCUGCCAUCAUGAACAACGACCCCAACUUCACAGAGACCAUUGAUGAAAGCAAAAAGGAAUGGCUCAUUUGAGGGGUGGCUGCUUGGCUAUGGGAGAGGGCGGAGGGAAUUACUAGAGAGGAGAGAAAGGGACAGAACACCCUGCUUCAUACCCUUGAGCACAUCCUUAAAAUAUCAGCACAAGUUGGGGGAGGCAGGCAAUGGAAUAUUCUUGAGACUGAUCACAACAACAACAACAAAAACAAACUUUUUAAUAUUUCUUUAUAGCUGAGUUUUCCCUUCUGUAUCAAAACAAAAUAAUACAAACAAACAAUGCUUUUAGAGUUUAAGCAAUGGUUGACAUUUGUAGGUAAUAUCUGUCUUAUUUUGUGUGUGUUUAGAGGUGUUCUAAAGACCCGUGGUUACAGGGCAAGUUUUCUACGUUUUUACGAGCCCUUAGAACGUGGGUAUUUUUUCUUGAGAAAAGCUGAUGCACCUACAUAUGGCCCCAACAUUCUCUUCCCUUUGCUUCUAGUCAAUCCUUAAUGGGCUGUUGUAGUAAAUAGUUCGUGUUCAUCUACCAUUUACUUUGACAUCCUUUAAGUUGGAAAAGAAAGCGGCAGAGAGAACUUAGUAUUCACCAGUUUUCAAGCAGACCUCAGUCUGCACCAGCUCUCUGGAAUCUGGGGUUCCUGACCGAUACCAGCAGUUGAAGAGAGUACAUGGCACCUGGUGUGCAACGACACAAUUAGCACAACUGGAGAGAGACGUUAAAGAACCAGGGAAGGUCGUUUAUAUUAGGGUUGUUGGUUUGAUUUUUCAUUGAAUUCUACUAAGCUAAUACUGUUCCACAUACGUAGUCUUACACCAAUUCAAUAUCUGUAACUAUCUGCUGAAAUACCGUGGUGACCAGCUGUUACAAAACAUUUUUUCCUGUUUUACCUGAAACAUACUGGAUUUAUAUGUGUAUCAGCGCCUCAGUGGGGAAUUAGAGCCAGAUGUUAUGAUUCGUUUGCUCUUUUUCUUUUAUAGUUGUAACAAAAGUAUGGAUAAUUUCUAGUGACCGCAU